AUGUUAUAUUAUUUUGUUGGUGAAAACUGAAAAGAGCUUGUUGUGUUGUGGUUGUGCCACUCCCUCUCUUCAAAAGAUAUGUUGGAUUUUGGAGAGGAGCUGAGCUUAGAGAGUUCUAGGAUCCCAUGCCUCAUUUGGAUUCAGCUCAUUGUUUUCUUCCUUCUCCUUGCUCUCUUCUUUCUCCUUUCUUUUGAUGAUUCUUCCACCGCUUCUCCUUCUUCUGCAUCUGCAUCUCCAUCUGCUGCCACCAGUCUUCUUCGUCAAAAAUCACUAGUCAACGGCAACAACCACCACCACCAUGUUUCUACCUCCACCGCUCUCACCAACCGUCUUCAGCAUACACGGGGGGCAGAGAACUUAAGUAUAAAAGGUGAGAUAGAAACAAGCUCAAGCACAAGGACAGUGAGAGAAGAGAUUGCAGAAAGAGAGGGUUCACCAUUGUAUUUCCUUCACCCUUGUCAUUAUUUCAAAUUAGCUAGAGUAGCAUUUCUCAAAUGUCUUGGAUUGGAUUCUACUGAAUCUGAUAGUCCUCCAAUCCGAAGGCCUAGGAAAAGAAAAGAGAGUUAGUUUGAUUAUCAACAUUGUAUAUGUUCCUUGUCAUUUAUCAUGAUAAGAAAGUUCCAUUAUUAUUCAUUUUUUUUUUA